UUUAGGUGCAAGAAAGGGCUGGGACAAUGGCUUCCAAAAUAGUUGUUAUUGGAAGUGUCAACUGUGAGCUGCGUGAUGUAUUCACUAAACUCGCGAAGCUUCAUACCAAGCAGAAUUUCUCAUUUGCAAUUGUGGCUGGAGACCUAUUUGGAGACUGCACCACUGAACAUGAACUGGAUGAAAUAUCUGCGCUUAUGCAGGGAAAUAUUGCUGUACCACUUCCAACUUAUUUUACCCUAGGGAAUAAGCCUCUUCCCACCAGGGUAGUGGAGAAGAUUGAAGCAGAUGAUGAGGUUUGCGAGAAUUUGUACUACCUUGGGAAACGCGGUAUACUUAAAACCUCAGAAGGUGUUCGUCUGGCUGCUCUGGGAGGUCGGUUUGAGGCUGCAGCGAAAGACAUCAAGUCACAUAACAAGUUUAAACCCGAGUUCACGGAAUCCGAAGCCAGAGCAUUGUAUGGUGCUCACACAGCUGACAUUCUCAUUACCAACCAAUGGCCAAAGGGCAUCCGGACUGGCUCCAAAGUUCCUUUGCCAGAGAACGCAACGCCACCAGAAGAGGUGCAAUGCCUCGCGGAUCUCUGCUCGACACUGAAGCCUCGCUAUCACAUCUCCUCGUCAGGCAAUUUCUUCUUUGAAAGGGAACCCUUCUUCCACCUGCCCUCGGAGGAUAGCCCAGAUGCUAAACCGGUGACGCGCUUCGUCAGUCUCGCCCCGUACAGCAAAACCUCAAAACAGAAGUACAUGUAUGCGUUCACAUUGGAUCCGAAAGCUCCUAUACCCUUCACCGUCCCUGUCGGCGCAACUGCCACCCCAUUUAUCGCAUCACAAGCGAAGCGGAAAGCUCUUCCGUCUCAGUCGCAGUCUUAUCACCGAUUUUCCACGGGCGACGACUACCAACGACCGCGAAAACGAGCCCGCGGCCCACCUCCAGGGCCCGAGCAGUGCUUCUUCUGCCUAUCAAAUCCAAACAUUGCAACCCAUCUAAUUACCUCCAUUGGCAAUGAAUGUUACCUCACAACGGCAAAGGGUCCCUUAUCGACGGCGGAUACGUUCCCGUCCCUUGGAUUCCCGGGGCACAUGCUGAUCAUCCCAUUGACACAUUCGCCUACUCUGAGUCUCAUAACCGAGCAAGAAACCCGCAAAGCCACGUAUACAGAGAUGCAGCGAUACCGGGAAUCUCUCCAAUCAAUGCUCCAACAUCGUUCCAAUGGCAAACUUGGAGCAGUCACCUGGGAAGUGAGCAGGGGCAACGGCAUCCACGUCCACUGGCAAUUCCUCCCCGCACCGGCAGACAUGGUCAGCAAGGGACUAGUAGAAGCUGCAUUCAAAGUCGAAGCAGAGAAUUUGGAGUACCCGAAAUUCGAGCAACCGAACGCUACAGAAGAUGCAAGCAGCGAGCCGGGCGAUUUCUUCCGCGUCUGGAUUUGGGGGCCCUCGAGGUCGGAGGAUGGUCAGGACUCGGAGGGAGGGGAGAAGAAAAAAGAGGGAGUUGAGAAGGUGCUAAUAUUACCGCUGACGCCGGAUUUCCGUUUCGACAUUCAGUUCGGACGAAGGGUCAUGGCGAAACUGCUAGGGCUUGAAAAACGAAUUAGCUGGAAAGACGAUGUCCAGUCCCAGGAGGAGGAAGAAACGGAUGCGAAUCUUUUCAAGGAUUCGUUUAAGAAGUUUGAUUUCUCGUUAGGCUGAUUUUUUUUUUUUUUUUUUU